AUGAAAGCCCCCAAUUAUACUUCCCCAAAUUUGAGCAACAUAAAGGAGGAGGAAAAGAUAAGCAGAGACAAGAACGGCGCCAAAUUGAACGAUGCAAAAAAAAAGGAACAAAAAAUGAUUAACACCGUGGUGCAAAUGGGAAAAGAGGACACAAACACAAAACACACAAAAAUAAAAAAGAUAAACAUAGAUGCAAUAACAAAAGGUAAAGGGAACUCCAUAGACAAUACCAAAAUAGAAGAAAAUAUAAAAAAUAUUGAAAAAUCCAUAAAUAAAUUAGAAGAAAUAGAAAAAAAAAUCAUCCAUGAUAUUAACGAAUGUAACAAGUACAUCGAAUUUUAUGAAAAAGCAAAGACCCUUUUAGACUCCACAGAUUUUGAUAGUGAUGUAGGGAGGGAAACAGAAAUUGAAGAAAUUAAAAAAAUACUUAAAAGGUGUUCACAAAAUGUAGACGGAGAAGGUAUAUUUCUAACGGGCCCUAGCGGCCAGGGAAAAACAUACAGCAUAUUUUACAUCAUUAAAGAGAUAGAAAAAGAGAAGGAGAAGGAAAAGGACCAGAAUGUGGAGGACAAAAAGAAGAAGAUGAAGAAGAAUGAAAAUACACCCAUACAAAAUUAUAAAAAUAUCGACGCCUCCUAUUUUUAUGUUUCUUGUUCGAAUAGCCAAAAACCAUAUGAUAUCUUUGUAGACAUCCUACAACAGAUAAUAAAAAAGGACAAAAAGUCCAUUCUCAGUGACGUCAAGCAACAGUACCAUAUAAAUGGCCUGGAGGAAGUGAAGAAGGUGUUCAUUAAUUAUACAAGCAAAUUAAACAAUUUAAAAAUCGUCAUUGUGGACGAAUUAGAUUUUAUUGCAACGAAAAAUGUACGAGUUGAAUUAAAGACAAAAAAUGUCAACAGAAACUUCAAUGAAGACGUAGUCAAAAAUCUAUUCGAGUGCGUACAAAUUGCAAACAGUAAAAUAAUUCUCAUCGGAAUUGCCAACAGCUUGGAUCUGAUAAAAGACUACAAGCACAUGAAAAUUAACCAAAUUAUUUACAAACCAUACAAUGAAAAGCAGUUUAUGAACAUAGUUCGAAAUAAGUUAAACACUUUGGAGGAUGAAUUUGUCACCAAAAUUUUCAAAGGGGUGUCCCUAAAUAUACACGUUCGGCAAAUAUCUAACCGAAACGGGGACAUCAGAUCGUGCUUCGAUGCCAUCUUGAGAGUUUUUUCAGAUAAAAAAUCCGACCUAGAUGAGAGAAAAAAAAAUCUAACCAAAUUGAAAGAAGAAGUUAUGAUGAAUAAAAUAUUCAGUAUGCAGGAAAGGAGAAACCUCUUUCUGCUUCUAGAAGAUCAGGAAGAGGAUGACUCGACGGACGCCUUGAACGGGGAAGAAAGCGAAUACACCGAAAGUGAACAACCCGACGUAGAGACACACAAAAGAGGCAAACGAAAGGCGAUAAAAGGAAAGGAACACCAGGAAAACGGAACAUACUGCCACACCAGCCAUACACACAAAAUAAUUAAAAAGCAAAAAGUACAAUCAAAAAAUACCUCCAAUUUCAAUUAUCAAUCCGGUUCCCACCACUCAGAGGACAACUUUUUCCUGGAGCACAAUGUAACCCCUCUGCCAAACCUUCGCCACUUUGAACUAGCCAACAAAUUCAACGAUAAAUCAAAAAAUCUAAAAUUCACAGAUCAGAAAAAUGAAUUUUCCAUCGGAUAUGAAACGCUCAAAAAGGAAGUCAUCAAAAUACAAAACAACAACGAAACGUUAAGUGAAAUUUUGAUAACAAAAAACUUCAACGCAAAUGAUAAUGCCUCCUUUUACAACUUCAGUCAGUGUACACCUGAACGAUGCUAUGAAAGCCCCUUUAAGGUGCUAUAUAAAAAUGACAUAGAUAGCGAAAUCCCACAUUUUAAAGAUAAAAAGGAAGUACUACAAAAUAUAGACGUGGACAAAUUACAAUCGUUUGAUGUGAUUGUUGAUAAUCAAAUAAAAAGCAUCGAAAAAAAGUACCACGAUUUUGUUGACACAGCAAAGGAUAACACUGUAAUGAUUUCAGACAUAAAAAAAAUUACGGACAAAAUACCAUUAGAGGAACAUAAGGAUAUACUUUUUAAAAUUAAGAGUCUACCUUUAAUUCAAAAAUUUUACCUCUACGCUUCAUGCAAUGUUGUGAAUGAUACACAUUUAAAUUCAGACGAUGAGGAAGAAGACUGUGAAGGGAAAAAGAAGCAGAAUCCAAACCAGUUCAUCGAAAUUACCUAUGCUGAUAUACAACGAGGCUUUAGAAGCCUCUGCAGUAACCUGUCGGAGACCUCCUACAUAAGGGACAUUCUUGAGGGAAACACUAUUGACCAGGCCAUCGAACAUUUUGAAGAACUUGGCAUUCUAACUAAUUGUAAAAAGAACCAAAAAAUUAAAGAAAGAAAAAGUGUCGUAAAAGUCCCUAAAGGGUUAACUCCCAGAUUUGCAAACAUGAAAAACAACAAAAAUUUUUCGUCGCAUAAUAAGAUGAACACUGUCUACUACUUCAACCUCCCCGUGUGUGUAAUUAAGCAGACGCUAAAGGAAAUUUCUUCCAUACUGUCGAGCUGUGACCGGAAUUCCCAGUUCUGA